UACUACUACUACUACUACUACUACUACUACUACGAGAGAGAGAGAGAGAGAGAGAGAGAGCCUCCAUCCCAGCUUGGCGCAACACGUCAACAAAACAAACAUAAGUCGGAACGUGUGUGUGUGUGGCCGGGGUUCCGUGAGAGCUGGGAGGCCACAGUUCCACAGAAACAAUGUCUGUUACCAAGCAGCCAAUUGACUUCCUAAUAUAUUUAUUAUUAUUUGGGUCAGCAAUAUUUGUUAAUAAGUAUGUACUGUCGGUGCUUAAAUUUACCUACCCUACAAUCUUUCAAGGAUGGCAAACCUUUGUGGGAGGCAUCCUGCUCCGAGUGCUGCUGUCCAACAAGUGUUUGUCAGUGUCUGCCACAGAGCUUGAUAAGCCAGGCUUCAUAUCACUGUUGCCAUCAUUUCUUUUCUUCUCUGCAGGAAUUGUUGCAAGCUCUAAAGCUCUUGCAAACUUGAGUGUGCCCAUGUUUCUGUGCUUACAAAACUCCCUGGGAGCAGUGUUGUACCUGGUGGAUGUGGCCCCGAGCUUCAGGAUGGCUGGCCCCAUCCCUUUGCUGGCCUGCCUCACCACCAUUGGCACUGCUGUGUCUGCUGUGCUCUCAGACAUUGACAUGACGUUUUCAGAUUCACCAUAUUUCUGGAUGAUGGUGAACUUGGCGUGCAUGGCAGUUCAGGCUCUGCACUCCAAGAUAGCAGAUGCUCGCUACACGGACGUCGAUCGACUCUAUUUCUCAUAUGUCUUCAGCGUUGUAGUUCUGGCUCCUGUGUCUCUUUACUUGGAGGAAGCAUUUGAAGUGCUACACUUCCCCCAUGCAAUGCGCUAUGACUUUUAUGCUGGGUGUCUCCUCUCUGGAAUACUUGGCUUGUUCCUCAAUCUUUCCAGCAUGAAGGUGCGGAAACAAAAUCUCUUCUCCAUCGUAGAUGCAACAGGACGGUUAUUCACGUCUGUUCUGGCCCUGGCAACCUUCAAUGACGUAACAAGUCUCACUGUUAAAAUCUUGAUAGGUAUAAAUCUCCUCUCUGGAGUGUUUGUGCCAAUACCCAUUGCACACAGUCCAGAGGAGCCAGACGAGAUGAUGGAGCCCCUGACAGAGGGUGCAUGAGUGUGGGCAGUAGCAUGUGGUUGUUGAGCCUCAAGGUGCAGCUCAGGUGUGUGUGUUUGUGGAAGGGAAGUGAAUCUGUGCGUGGCUGUUCUUUCCCUCGUGCUCAGACAAGUGGGAAGGGGAGGGGUUUUUAGCAAAGCAUGUAUUUAUUUAACCUUAUUGUGUCUUACUUAGUAUAUUUUAUAUUUAUAAAUUACACACACACACACACACACACACACACACACACACACCAAGAGAAUUAUCAAGUGUAAUACAACUAUACAACCUAAAUAACUUCAUUAUUAAUUUAUUAUAACAUUAUUUUAUCUGCUGCAUGAUAUAUUUAAAGAAAAGUUAUCAUGUUUACUGUGCCAGGCACAUCUCUUAAAGAGAAUUCAGUCUUUAGUUGUAAAGCAAUAAGUUUCCAGGAAUCUUAAAGCUUAGUUACUUAGUAUAAGGAAUUCAUCUCUGCUCCAUUUACCUUCAUUCAUACUCAGUGUGUGUAACACAUCAUAAGCACUCAGCCCAAGGUUGCUGUCACAUCCAAGGAUUCUUCACCAGGCUGGUGUUUGUCUCUCCCCUCAUCAUAACCAGUGUCAAAACAACACCAUACCAUCACCAUCACAUUCCAUAGAUACAACUUAUAUUAUUCAGUCUUCUCCCUUUAUCAUAAGCCAACCUUUGUAUUUGUUUCCAAGUGUCAUGAUAAGAAAAAAAAAAAAAGCUUUCAAUGGUUUCACCAAAAUUCAUUGCUGCACUUUUGUGGCCUUUUUGCACAUCAUACAAAACCUUAUCUUAUGUAACUGACCCAGUUCGCCAAGGCAUCUUUCCAUCCAUGCAAGUCGUCCAUUUACCUGCUGUGUUUCUUUUCAUGAAGGGAGAAGUUUUCCUGCCUGCUGUUUGUUGCAAGUCAUUCCAGUGCACAGCCUUUUUUAUUUAUUUAUUUAUUUAUUUAUUUUAUUUAUUUAUUUAAUUUUUUUUUUCAUAAUUAACUGUACAUUCAACAGUCUAAUCAUGGUGUAUUAUUUUAUUAUAUAUUACUUGUUUGUUUAUAUUAAACUGCUAUUAUUGUUAAAUUGAUUUAUAGGUAAAUAAAAGCUUUAAUUAAUGUGUAGACAGUGAGGCAGAUUUUGUACAUUAGUUCAGGUGUAGUUGGAAAAACCACUUUAUAUUCAUAGAUUACAUUAUUUUCCAAGAAAAAUGUAGUAGUAUAUGAUGUAACUUCAUUGUAGUGGAGGUUUGUAAUAGGGUAAUAGUUAGUCUGAUGUUUUUGUAGAGUUCAAUGCAGGUUCUUUAAGGACAAUUCCAAUACUGGGAGAACAGAACAGAGGUGCUUCCGUGUGUGACAGAGAAGAGAAACAAGAGGGAUACACCUGCAUGAAAUUCACUUCACUGGACUUUUCCAAUCAGUGAAAAAAGAACUUAGUUCAUUCAAAGAUUCACUGUACAGUAAUGUAAUUCUUGCCUUCCAGUGGAGAUAGGAACCAAUUGUAACUUUUUUAUAUGAAUCCAUGGUCUGUAUAAUAAAUUUUAAUAAUGAAU